CUUAUUUUCUUCGUAGGACGACCACGACGUAAUGCAUUAAUGGAAGUACAAAUGCCAGUGAUUAAGAACGCCGAAUGCAAAAUAGCUUAUUCCAAAUUUCCUAAUGCACCUGAUAUCACUGAUGGUAUAAUAUGCGCCGAACAUGCUCAGGGUGGAGAGGAUUCUUGUACGGCUGACCGCGGCGGACCACUGCUGAUACAACAUGAAUUAACCUCGUAUUUAAUAGGUAUUGUGUCUUAUGCUUAUAAGUGCGGCACAGCUGGGUAUCCCAGCGUUUACACUAGGGUCACAUCGUACCUUGACUUCAUUCUCCAAGCGAUGCAAUAAUAUGAUAUUACUGUUCCAUAAAUAUCAUUGUGUAAAAAACGUAAAGUUGGAUUUUCUUAUUGUGGAGAUAAGAAACAGCUCAAAUUUACAUUGUUUUGUACGUUACAAAUUAUAGGCUUAAAAUGUACGAAAUGUAACUUUGAAACGACACUAAUUUUUUACGCACGAUAAACCUCCACGACUUAGGUAUGUAAAGAUGAUAAACGUGUAUUAAUUCUAUUAAUUUGGUAAUAAUAAACCAACUUUCUGAGAAGUUCUGUAAAUUUCGUUUCUGUUGUAUCAAGAGAAUAAUGGAAUAUUCCACUUAGAUCGUAUACUUCUUGUACGUACGUACAAAAUUUUCCGGCUAAUCUAAAACACUUCAUAAGAUAGAGAGCUUCUGGAAAUUCGGACACAGAGAGUGCAUAAAAUACAAGAUAAGUCUCGUGUCUUUCAAAAUUAUUUUUUAUUCGCUAAAAACGUCCUGUGUACUCAUGCAAUCACAUGCAACCUCGAAACUUCACUUAUUUUUUAUCACUUUCCAAUUCAAUACACAGUUUCAGCAUUU